UUUUAUCGUACGCGCAAGAUCCUUCGCUUAUCCUACGCACACUCUUCAUCGGUUUUUAGAUCUCCAAGAACUCACUCUCUCACUCCACUGAUCCCUGCGUUUCUCUUUCGAUCGAGUAAUUGCGGGGACAAUAUUUCUGCUGAUAGAACCAUGAGCUGCUUCGGCUGUUGCGAGGAAGAUGAUAUGCUUAGAAAUGCUGAUUAUGGAGGCCACAACACAGCUAAACAUUCCGGAGGAAAUGAUGGAGGACAUCGUGCAUCUGAAACUGCACAAAAGGAAACACAAGCCGUGAAGGUGCAGCCCAUAGAAGUACCUGCUAUUCCAGCGGAUGAACUGAAGGAAGUUACUGAAGAUUAUGGAUCAAAUUCUCUGAUUGGCGAAGGCUCAUAUGGAAGAGUAUACUAUGGCAUACUAAAAAAUGGGCAACCUACAGCAAUUAAGAAAUUAGAUUCCAACAAACAACCCGACAAUGAAUUUCUGGCCCAGGUUUCCAUGGCAUCCAGACUAAAGCACGAUAAUUUUGUUCAGCUGCUCGGUUACUGUGUUGAUGGGAACUCACGUAUACUCGCCUAUGAAUUUGCCAAAAAUGGAUCUCUUCAUGACAUUCUUCAUGGGAGGAAAGGUGUCAAGGGAGCGCAACCAGGUCCUGUCUUAUCAUGGCAUCAGCGAGUGAAAAUUGCUGUUGGAGCUGCAAGAGGACUAGAAUAUUUGCAUGAAAAGGCAGAGCCUCACAUCAUCCACCGGGACAUCAAAUCCAGCAACGUUCUAAUCUUUGAUGAUGAUGUCGCUAAGAUUGCUGACUUUGAUCUCUCCAAUCAAGCUCCCGAUAUGGCUGCUCGCCUUCAUUCAACCCGUGUUCUUGGAACUUUUGGGUACCAUGCCCCUGAAUAUGCAAUGACAGGACAGUUGAAUGCCAAGAGUGAUGUAUACAGCUUUGGGGUUGUGCUGCUCGAGCUUCUUACUGGUCGGAAACCUGUUGACCAUACGUUGCCUCGAGGCCAGCAAAGUUUGGUCACAUGGGCUACACCCAAACUCAGCGAAGACAAGGUCAAACAGUGUGUUGAUGCAAGACUUGGAGGAGAUUACCCUCCUAAAGCUGUUGCUAAGCUAGCGGCAGUUGCUGCAUUGUGUGUGCAAUAUGAGGCUGAUUUCCGGCCAAACAUGAGCAUAGUUGUCAAGGCACUGCAGCCAUUGUUGAAUGCUCGGCAAGGUCAUGCAGGGGAAGUAGCUCCUUAGCCAACCCCUCUCCGUUUGUGGAGGUUACAUCUCUAUAUAUACCUGAAAUUUAAUAUAUUUGUUUAUAAAAAUGUGAUUGCCCUGAUGAUUUAUAAUAUCUGUUUUCUUCUAAAAUGUGUCCCCUCCCCCUUCCCCCUCCUCCUAUAGUAUCUUUUGGUUUGUGUAAUGGGUUUGAACAUAUACCCAUAAAUAGAAAGGGUAAGAGAGGUCAAGUAGUAGACAGUGCUUUUGUCGGAAUACUUGCAUGUGAAUAAUUGGCAUUCUUCCUUCUUCUUUUAUAUCA